AUGCCAGGCGAUUGUGGAUCGACCUGUCCGGCCUCUGAUGGCUUCUACACUUACAGCCCGAGCGUAGGUGGUAACGCCGUGUUACUCACCGUCUUUGCUCUGCUUUCUAUUGCUGCACUAUACUUCGGAAUUCGAUCUAAAACCUAUCUAUUCUCCAUCGUACUCACAGCCGGGCUUCUUCUCGAAGUGCUGGGAUUUAUCGGCCGGAUUCUACUCCACUCAAAACGGGAUGACCAGGGACAUUUCUUUCUCGUUUUGUUUGGAACCAUUCUGGGCCCAUCGUUAAUGAGCAUCGCCAUAUUCAUUGUCCUUCCUCAUAUACUUUGCAUUUAUGGAAGGCCAAUCUGUCCAUUUAGGCCGUUGGUGGCUUGUCUGAUCUUCUGGGGAUUCGCUGCUGUCACUAUCAUAUUCGAGCUUGUCGGCGUCAUAUUCAUGGCGUACGAGACGAAUAGUUUUAGCCGCAAACAGGGAGCAGCAAUUGCUGCCACAGGCUUAGCUAUACAAGCUUUAUCCUUGGUAGCAUGCACCGGGUUGCACUUUUGGUUCACACUCAGCUUAAGUACUCGACGAGGAACCCUCGAUGCCCGACAUUCACAGAUUUACUCGUCGUCACAGUUCAAGAAGUUCCUCAUGGCAAUGGAGAUGGCGUCUGCCCUCCUAAUUGUCUAUUCCUUCUACCGGCUUGUUGAGCUCGCAGACGGUGUUUCAGGAGAUGUGUUCCAGAACCAAGCUGCUUUUAUGGUUGUCGGAGGAGUGUUGCCAUUGUUAGCCGCAGGUCUCUUAACCAUCAUCCAUCCCGGGAAUGCAUUCGCUGAGGCUUGGGAUCCAACAUCACCUAAAAGCCUCAAACGCCAAAGCCGACCUGAUCCUGUGCAGUCGCCCAGCGGCCACCCUGUCCACCACUUAUACGAUCCCGACAUUCGCAAGCAAGUCUCGCCGACUACUCCAAAACACCAGAGGAAUUCUGGACCACCUGAGCUGCCCGAGGGCUCCAUGGGGCUCCCUGCGCAUCCCAAGCCUGCACCAAAACCACCAAGCCCUCAAAAUCCCAGGGAACCUGGUGCACCUCGCAAAGGACCACCCCUGCCUUUAAAUCUUUCGGCUGUCCGAGCAUCACGAAAUAGUUACCGAGCAGAACAGAGGGGUAUAGCACCUAAGGAUUUGGUACCUGAUGGGGAACUAUGGUGA